AUGCAGAAACCUUUCGACCCCUUCACGCAGAGCCUGACUUUCCAUCUGGCGGACGGAUCUCCUCUCAAUGUUUCCGUCGGAGAAAUGGACGACUUCGUUCAGUAUGGCAUCAAGAUCUGCAUCGUGUACAGCUCUCAGCUUGGUGCAUCUUUGGCCCUGCUUGUCCUCUUACUUCUCCUGACCAAGAGCGACAAGCGACUAUCUCCGGUCUUCUUGCUCAACAGCUCUGCUCUGAUCUUGAAUGCAUGCCGCUUGAUCUGCGAUUGCGUCUAUUUCACGACAGAGUUCUCCAAGGUCUAUCCUUACUUCUCUGGCGACUACUCCCGAGUCCCAGCCAGCGCUUAUGCCAACUCCAUUCUGGCCGUUGUCUUCGAAGUGAUGCUGCUGGUUGCCAUUGAGUGUUCUCUCAUCCUGCAGACCCAAGUUAUCUGCGUCACGCUUCGUCAGAUUCACAAGAACAUACUGCUGGGUAUCUCGGUGAUUGUCGCUCUGCUUGCGAUAGGGUUCCGCCUGGGUCUGGCUGUUGAGAACUCGAUUGCUAUUGUGCAAGCGGCCAACUUCGAUGCUGUCUGGUUAGAAAGCGCCACCAAUAUCACCACAAUUAUUAGCAUCUGCUUCUUCAGCUUUGUUUUCAUCUUCAAGCUGGGGCAUGCCAUUCAGAAACGCAAGAAGAUGGGAAUCAAACGCUUCGGCGCGAUGCAGGUGAUCUUUAUCAUGAGCUGCCAGACAUUGAUUGUUCCAUCCAUCUUUGCAAUCCUGCAGUACUGCGUCAACGUCCCUGAAAUGGACUCCUUCGUUCUCACUCUCGUUGCGAUUUCACUUCCUCUGACCUCUCUGUGGGCGACGUCUUUGAUUGGAGGUGGUAGCCAGCCAUCCAGCGGGUCGACUGGACGCCACAGACUUUGGAAGCCGAUUUCUUUCGGAAGCUCAGAGAAGAGCAGACAGUCGUCGACGUCGGGUCCCGCCAAUUCGACCUCCGGGGCUAGCUCGAGCCCGACGGCGGCGCAUAUGCAUGCUCUUCACUCUGAUCUGGAGGCGGGUAAUGCGCUUGGUGUGAAACACGAUGUGACUGUUGCUUCUGGAACGGUGUAG